AUGAGUAGCGAAGAAAACCAUGGAGCGACCUGGGAUGAUGUGGAGAUGCAAGAUGAAACCCAGCCCAUCUGCCUGAUGGCCGGCGACUGUAGCGAGUUCUUCGAGAAAUGUCUGAGCCAUCCCAGCCACUCUACGCAACGCGCUCUCCCACCAGAAGUAAUCCAGUUUCUUCAGGAGUUCAAGGAUAGGUUCGACGCUUGGGCGUCAUUCUUGGGUGUCUUUGCCGGCACAGAUGCCUGUUUGGAUUAUCGAUUGCGACGUCAUCCAGCACUACAAGAUGUAUGA